UUCUCAUAAUCAAAGCUUUACAGGUGUCUAUGUCAGGCGCCUUAAGUAAGGCCACAAUGUGAGAAACGAAGAGAAGGUGAUGCAUGCGGUGUUGGCUGGGUGCUUGAGUCUGCUUCUUCCUUCUUCUAUGUUUCUUCUUUUCGGCUAUAUUGAUUAAAUUUUUGUUUUAAGCUUUGCUUGUUUGAGUGCUUUUCGCUAUCAAGGCCUAGCAAAUCCAACAAAGAAAAAAAAACUGAGGAAAGUGAUCAUUUGGAGAUCUGGGUUUCUCAGCUUUAAGGGAAGAGUGAUGAUGAGAUUAAAUUAUCAGAGGCAUUGUUAUCAGCUUCUUAGAAGAAAAGCAAUGUGUGGGUUAUUUGUGUUGAUUUUCCCACUUAUUUUUCCUUGUUUAUUUACUCCAUUCACCCAUGCUUCUCCUUCUACGUUCUCGGAGUGGAAUGUCCCUAAACCUAGGCAUUUACGUUUACUCAGGAGUGCCUUACAGCGCGAACGUCUUACUGGGGAGCAAUCUGAUCUCUGGGCUCCUCUGGCUGACCAAGGGUGGAGACCAUAUCUUGGAUCUGUAAAUGCCCCUUCAUUGCCACAGAAAUCAGAAGGAUAUCUACAGGUAUUUCUUGAUGGGGGACUCAACCAGCAAAGAAUGGGGAUAUGUGAUGCUGUUGCAGUUGCUAAAAUACUGAACGCAACGCUUGUGAUCCCGCAUCUUGAAGUAAAUCCUGUCUGGCAAGAUUCAAGCUCAUUCAUGGAUAUAUUUGAUGUGGAUCACUUUAUGAAUGUGUUGAAGGAUGACAUCCCGAUCAUCAAAGUGCUUCCUGAUGAAUUCUCGUGGAGCACAAGGGAGUAUUAUGCCACUGCUAUUCGAGGCACCAGAAUAAAAAGAGCACCUGUUCAUGCAUCUGCAAACUGGUAUCUUGAAAACGUCUUUCCCGUACUGCAGAGUAAUGGGAUUGCUGCAAUUUCUCCAUUCUCUCACCGUUUGUCUUUUGACAACCUGCCGAGUGAGAUCCAGCAACUACGAUGUAAAGUCAAUUUUAAAGCGCUUGUUUUUGUUCCGCACAUUAGAGCACUGGGAGAUGCCCUUGUCCAUCGCCUAAGGUAUCCUCCAGGUCAAAGUCAAGCAAGUAGCACUGACUAUCUCAGGGAGACCACCGAUCAAAAUGGCAAACAAAAUCCGCAAAAAUUUGUUGUGUUACACCUUCGAUUUGAUAAGGAUAUGGCUGCCCAUUCGGCCUGUGAUUUCGGUGGGGGUAAGGCUGAAAAAUUGGCUCUGGCCAAGUACCGGCAAACAAUUUGGCAAGGAAGAGUUCUCAAUUCACAGUUUACAGACAAAGAGUUGAGAAGUCAGGGGCGUUGCCCGUUGACUCCUGAAGAAGUCGGAUUGCUGCUAGCAGCUUUGGGUUUCGACAAUAAUACCCGUCUUUAUCUUGCCUCCCACAAGGUAUAUGGAGGGGAAGCUAGGAUUUCCACAUUACGAAACCUCUUCCCCUUGAUGGAAGACAAAAAGAGCCUAGCCUCUUCGGCGGAAAGGGUCCAUAUAAAAGGAAAAGCUUCUUUGUUGGCUGCUGUUGAUUACCAUGUCGGGAUGCAUAGUGACAUCUUUGUCUCAGCUUCUCCUGGGAAUAUGCACAAUGCUUUGGUGGGGCAUCGAACUUUUGAGAACAUGAAGACCAUAAGGCCAAAUAUGGUAUUGUUGGGACAACUAUUCCUUAACAAAAACAUCAGUUGGUCGCAGUUCCGUCAGGCAGUGGUGGAAGGGCAUCAAAACAGACAAGGGCAACUCAGGUUAAGGAAACCAAAACAGUCCAUAUAUACAUAUCCUGCUCCUGAUUGCAUGUGCCAUGCUUAAGCCGUAUUUACCCAAGGAAGCCAAAAUGCCUUUACCAUUGAUAUCGUAAAUAAGCAACAAAGAGAACCCCUUUCUAUAGUUCCAAGCUGUAGUUUCAUUUGUAACCAUAAUGUUAAUAAGCAGCAAUCCCAUUUCUCUUCUCCCCUUUGGAUAGAAGUAUUUUUACAUCUAGCGUUCGUAGUGUGCAUUGUGUACUGUAUUGAUGGUGGUAUUUUAUAUAGAGAGCUGUGGAGUUGAACAUGUGGGUUGAACAUGUGGAUGUUUAUGCAAUUCAUCGGCAGAUUUCAAUUUUGUUUGUAGGCAUGCCGGUGAAGUUGUCAUUUUUGUAACACUUUACCUUUAUUGUGUCAAAUAUUAUAUCAAACAUCUUUGCAUUCUGCCAA